GUCGAGGAUAUCGAAGUGGAAUCGCGUCAAGCUAGACUCCAGCAGACCAUCUGCGAUGCAUAGAAGGAAGCGCCAGUCUGUCUCCGAACCACCACUACAGCUGGCGGCCAUACAAAUUGCUGGGGCACCUGAACGCGAAGCAGGUCUUUCAAUCUCUGUCUCCGUCGAUUGGACGACAUGUCUUCGUCUGAUGCUCAUCAAUCGCGUCAUUCGCUGGGCGAGCGCACCGCUUCUGUACACCGUGUUCGGUUCGAGGACUCUAACGAGGGCCCCAAUGAAGCCAGUUCCCUUACUGCCCCUACUCCUUCGCAUCAAAGAGAUGAGGCCGCACCUGACUGGCACUUCCCAAACUACGGUGGACCAAACGCUCUUCCUACAGGUGUCAAUGAAGCAAUACCUCCAAAUGACAGGUCAAUUCCUUUUGCACAAGCUGCACAUAACUCUGUGACACCCAAAACUGAGCCUGGCGGCGUUGACAAUGUCUCUUUCUCUUCUUAUCGCCACCCUCAUGACAUACCGCCUCCCACGUCUGCGUACACUGGUGAUAAACGGGAACAUACGCCGGUCUUACCUCUGUCUCUGAAGAAAGCCGGAAUUGACCAUGAAGCAAUUGACGAUCAUGAGCAAGAUAUGGUAGACGACGAAGACUUGUCGCAUCCGAUUCCUGGUGAAGAUGGGGCUGGCGGGCUGUUCUCAAAUGUCUUGCAUAAACUAGGUGUCGACCACUACGAUUUUGACGAAGAGGUCAAGGAAACACAUGAAGAAGGUGACCCUUCUCGCCCUGUUGGAUACAAGAAGACAGAAUCGUUUCUGUCGAUGGAUGCUCAGGUCCUUGACCCCGACGAUCCAAUAGUCACUGGGGUAGAAAAGAAGACUCUUGAUGACCCCAAGGACUUGGAGAAUAAUGUUAGAAGAACAAUAAACUACCACGUCCGCAGGAAGGAUCGCCAACGGUUCCGAAUUGAGUUCAAUAUCAGCUCUGUUCUGAAUCGUCAAAAGUUCCUCAUGAGGCUCGCCAAAUCGCUCAUGUCCUUCGGCGCACCUUCUCAUCGAAUCGAAGCUCAACUCUUAGCUGCUGCCAGGAUCUUAGAAAUCGAUGCCGAAUUCAUCCAUAUCCCAGGUGUAAUCAUCUGCUCUUUCGGUGACCAAGAUGCGGACACGUCAGAAUUGCACUUCGUCAAAUGCAAUGGACGAUUGUCUCUCGGAAGCCUUCACAAGGUCCAUCACAUAUAUCGCCAGGUCGUUCACGAUGAAAUCAGUGCGAAAGCCGCAACUGGGGAACUUGACGCCCUACUAGAGUCCCCUCCGAUAUACAACUUCGCUACACGCAUUGCUCUCGCUUUUUGGAUCUCGGCAUUGAUUUGUCCCCUUGCUUUUGGCGGCUCUCUCAUAGACAUGUGGAUCGCAGGCGUCGGCGCCUCGUUCCUAUCUAUCAUGCAAAUAGGUGUUGCGUCCAAAAGUCAGUUGUAUGCUAAUGUGUUCGAGGUCACUGUCACUAUCAUUACAUCGUUUGCAGCCCGAGGCUUGAGUAGCAUCAGGGACCAAAUAUUCUGUUACACCGCGAUAUCAUCUGCCAGUAUUGUUGGCAUCCUCCCAGGGUUUCUAAUCUUGAGCAGCUCUCUUGAGCUUGCAUCAAAGAACAUCAUCUGUGGAAGUGUCAAAAUGGUGUAUGCCCUGAUUUAUACGCUUUUCUUGGGCUUUGGUCUUCAAAUCGGAUCCGAUGUAUACCUCUUGCUGGACCGCGGUGCUCGCAGAGAUCUGGCGGAUAUGGCAAAACGCGUGCUGGACACCGUAAAGAUCACAGGAGCCUUCGCUUCAGACAACAGCAGUUCAUACCUCCAUAUCAACAACGGCCUCCCCCUGCAGGGUGUAUUCACCUUCACCAAUCCCAACCCACUCAGGGGAGAACAUAUCAAGAGCGGCUGCUAUCGCCCACCGACUUUCUCCUGGUAUAUGCAACCUUUCCCUUGGUGGACACAAUUCAUCAUUGUGCCUCUUUUCUCCAUCUUGUCUUCGUGUUCCAACCUCCAGCCGAUUCUAACUAUCGAAAUGGUCGUUAUGGUCCUUAUCUCCUGUGCCGCUUAUGCUGCCAACAAAGCUGCUGACCAUUUCAUAUUCAAUCGUUCCGACGUCGUCUCUGCCCUAGGCGCUUUCGUGGUCGGGAUACUUGGCAAUAUGUAUUCUCGUAAGAUGGGAGGCACAGCGUUUACCUCCAUGGUCACGGGUGUGUUAUUCUUAGUACCGUCUGGUCUUUCACAAAUCGGAGCCAUAACGGCUGAAGGGAGUGGCAUUGACAUUGGGGCAGCUGUAAUUGCCGUGGCGAUUGGGAUCACCGUGGGGCUCUACAUGAGUCAGGCGAUCGUGUAUAUGUUUGGUUCGCGGAAGAACGCUGCCCUUUUCUCGUUCUAGAGCUCUGGUAUCGUAAUUGUUCAAUUAUAUCCAUGCGUACGCACCGGUCAAUACAGCGCGUUUCGAUAUUUAUCCUGAUGUUGU